UAUCAACAUUGCACAUACCUGUCUUCAAUACACAGGCACGUAUAGGUUCAUAAACAAAGUUCAUCCGGACAGGUAAAGGAGAGGGAAGAAGAUUGCAGAUAUGGGAAUUCAGAUGAAAGCUUUAUUGCUGGGUGCUGCAAUGGCAGCCGUAGCUUGUACAACCAUCAUCGCUUUGAUUCUCUCUCUUGCCAAUCAUCAGACUUUGGAUCGGCCAUACUUAACACAGUAUGGGAUUGUGUUUGAUGCUGGCUCCACUCACACGGCACUUUUCCUGUACCAGUGGCUGGGGAACAAAGAGAAUAACACUGGAAUAGUCUCUCAGAAACAGAGCUGUGAUGUGGAUGGUGAUGGCAUAUCCAGCUAUGUACAGAACCCUCUGGCAGCUGGAGAAAGUCUUAAGAAAUGCUUGGAUGUUGCCAAGGCAGCAAUACCAGAAGGAGAGCGGAAAACUACACCUGUGUACCUUGGUGCCACUGCUGGCAUGCGGCUUCUUGGCUUACAGAACAAAAGUUUAGCAGACAGCAUUCUCGCAGAAGUCACCAAAACAAUCCAAAGUUAUCAAUUUGAUUUUCGAGGGGCCAGAAUACUCUCUGGCAUGGAGGAGGGGGCUUAUGGCUGGAUCACCAUCAACUAUCUCUUGGAGAGUUUUAUCAAGCACACAUUUGAGGGCAAUUGGAUCCACCCAAAAGCAGGAAAGAUCCUUGGAGCUCUUGAUCUCGGUGGCUCAUCAACACAGAUCUCAUUCACCCCAAAAGACCCAGUGAAAAACCCAGAUUCAGCUUUUAAUCUCCAGCUCUACGGGUACAAAUAUGAGUUGUACACACACAGCUACUUGUGCUUCGGCAAGGACCAGGCUUUGAGGAAACUUCAGGUCUACCUUCACAAGACUGCUGGACCCUCACCUGUAAUCAGUCACCCAUGCUACCAUGUCGGAUAUAACCUCAGUCUUACUUUGGAUGACCUUUAUAACUCCCCUUGUGUGGUCAAACCAAACAAUUUCAACACCACGGCUACAGUCCUUUUCUCAGGAACGGGUAACUCAUUCCUCUGUCUUUCUCUAAUGGAGGACAUUGUUAACCUGACCGAUUGUGCAUUUUCACCAGACUGUGGCUUCAAUGGUGCCUAUCAGCCUCCGGUCAAUGGCGAAUUCUUUGCUUUUUCUGCAUACUUCUACACCUUUGACUUCCUUGGACUUAUCCCAAAAGCUCCCCUGACCCAGGUUCUUUCCACUAUUGAGACUCACUGCAACAAAAACUGGACCUCUCUUACCGCUGAAAAUCCAAACAUUACGGCAAAAUAUCUGAAAGAUUAUUGUGCUUCUGCUCAUUAUAUUAUGACUAUUCUCUUGAAAGGAUACAAGUUCAAUAACACCUGGGAUCAAAUCUCUUUUGAGAAACAGGUAGCAGACACAGAUAUUGGUUGGACAUUGGGCUACAUGCUGAACCUGACCAACAUGAUUCCUUCUGAACAGUCCAGAGCAGUGACAGGAGUGCCGCACAGUCAGUGGGCAGCUCAGAUUUUCUUCAUCGUAUUUGCCCUCUUCCUCAGUUUACUUAUUAUAGCCAUUCUGUUUGUCCGUGAUCUAAGCCAGUGAGUUGUGUGUCAUGAAUGUGUGUAUACAUGAAUAUUUAUUGCUUAUGUUUGUUUUUUUUCCACAAAGACCUCACAGUGAAAUAAUCUAUGAAUUUUGACAUUAUGAUGACAA